UUUUCUUUAAUUACCUACGAUAUAUUUUUUAAUAAUCUCACCUUUACUACCCAACGACUUUUAUUGAGUCUAGUAGGUCAAAAAACGGUUGUAUCCGGUAAAGUAUACUACGUGGCAUAUUACUGUUGUAAUAUUAAUUAACUUUUUUUUAAAAAUUUUUCUUUUUUAACGGAUUUUCUCUUUUUCUUUCCUCCUCAUUUUUUCAUGCUCCCUCUUUCUCUCCUUCUCUGCUUCUUUUCUCCACCAUUUUCGCCCAUUUCUUCUUCUUCUUCUUCUUCUUCUUCUUCUUCUUCUUCUUCUUCUUCUUCUUUCCUCCACCAUUUGUCUCGUCUUUUUUUUUUUUUUUUUUGCAUUUUGACAAAAAGUAUUCGCCCACUACAUUGUAGGGAUAUCUAUUUUCUGCACAUUUUGACAAAAGGAAAGAGAGGCUCCUCCGGCGGCUGCUGCUGCCUCUUUGACUGCCUCAUCUUCUGGCUCAUCGUCCGCCCUCAAAAAAUCAAAGUCCACGCCUCCGAUGCUUCUCUCACCACCUUCAACUUCACCCAGAACGACAAUCUCAACUAUAAUCUCGCCAUCAACUUCAGCAUCUGAAACCCGAACCGACGCCUCAGAGUCUAUUACGAUGCAAUCGAAGCAAAUGCGAUUUACGCCGGGCAAAGAUUCAACACUGUACAAGGGUCGGUGUUCUACAAGGGAUACAAAAAUACAACAGAUUUUGGACAUGUGAAUUUCAGGGGGCAACAUAUUAUUAAACUUGGAAGUGGUGAUAAAUGAUUUGAGAAACAUAUUACUGGUGGGGCUUAUGAAAUUCAAUUGAAGGUGCAUUUGAGGGUGAGAUUUAAACUUGGAUUAUUCAAGACCGGAACAUGAAAGCCUAAGAUUAAGUGUGAUUGGAGUUCAAUUGAAGGACAUUCUGGGCAAUUUGAGAGGAUUAAGUGCAGCUAUGAUCUUUGAUUCUAUUUUUUUCUUUCGUGUUCUUGGUGAUUUGGGGAUUAUUUGAUUUGUUUUAGAGGAAUGCAUAGUAGAAUUUAUGGUUUACAUUUGAAUAAAAUGUUACACCACUUAAUAUUCA